UGUGUGAGUCUUGCUCUGCCGGAAGCCCACGGAAGCCAGUCUGGUUGUGAGCAGCUCAGCCUUGAACAUGUCUACACUUCUGCUGGCUGUGGGAGUUGUCGUGCUGUCUGCCUACGUUUUCCGUCAUGUUGUGGUAAAGGGAAAGCGCUGCACAAGCAAAGCAAAGCUGCAUGGAAAAACUGUGAUUGUGACCGGCAGCAACACGGGCAUUGGGAAGACUACAGCCAUCGAUUUGGCUAAACGAGGAGCUAGGGUGAUUCUGGCCUGUCGCAGCAAGCAGAGAGGAGAGGCUGCUCUCGAGGAAGUCAAGAGGGAGAGUGGCAGUAAUCAAGUGGUGUUCAUGCAGUUGGAUUUGGGAAGUCUCAAGUCUGUUCGCAGCUUUGCUGAAACCUUCUUGAAAUGUGAAUCCAGGCUGGACAUCCUCAUCAACAAUGCAGGUAUUUUCCUGCAGGGUCAAACAGAGGACGGACUGGGGAUGAUGUUUGGCGUUAACCACAUUGGUCACUUCCUGUUAACCAAUCUGUUGCUGGACCGACUGAAGGAGUGUGAACCAAGCAGGGUAGUCAACGUUUCGUCUGUGGGCCAUAACUUUGGAAAAAUUGAUUUUAACUUCUUAAACACACACAAGGCUCUGGGAUUGGGAACAUCAUUCACAGGGAUUCUCCAAGUCUACUUCGAUAGCAAGCUGUGCAACGUCCUCUUCACCCAUGAGCUGGCCAAGAGACUGCAGGGAACUAAGGUCACCUGCUACAGCCUCCAUCCAGGAGCUAUCAACUCCGAGCUGGGAAGGAACACUAGUGGGGUACUGCAAAUGCUCCUGAAGCCCAUGACAACUUUUUUCUUUAAAAACACCGUCCAGGGAGCUCAAACUACUCUGCACUGUGCUCUCCAGGAGGGGAUCGAACCUCUUAGCGGCCGUUACUUCUCCAACUGCACUGUGAGAGAAGUCUAUGCUAAAGCCAAGGAUGACGCUGCAGCAAAGAAGCUGUGGGAGCUCAGUGAGAGACUGUGUGGUCUUUCAUAAAAAGCUCUACAUCAAAUUCCUGUUGGGUUAUCAUUGUUUAUAUCAGAUUUUAAUUGUGGGAAGAUAUCUUUGAAAGCACAUGACACAUUUUGUUUGGAAAGCCCUGUGCCACAUCAUUCCUCUCCUAAUAUCAUAACAGACAGAUGGUCUAACAGAGGAGUUUAUAAAACACUGUUUAAAUUGUUUGUUUGUACUUUGAAUGCAUAAGAUAUUUAUGCAGAUAUUAUAUUGAUUAUAUAAUAACUUGCAAGCUCCCAAAUUUGGAGAGAUUGCAUUGUGUAUCUUGAAUUAUUGAUGCCAAAUGUAAUUAAACAAUCAAGCUACUGGGAUUUUUAAUAGGCCCUGAAAAGCAUUCUGUUCUAGGUAAUGGACUGUCAUGAACAAACCUGUACACAUUAAAAGUUUUUGGUUUCACUGGUUUAGACUGGGUGGGGCAUGUAGUUAAAAGGUAACGGCUGGUAUUAAAUCAAUUUGAAUUUAACACUGUAAGAAAAAUAAAAUGAUGACAGACUACA